GAAUAAGUACAAGUCAAGGCAAGAAGUUAAUGCAUUUGAGAAUUGGGCCAUUUCUUCAACUACCUAUCAUUUAUGUCUUUGAGAAAUUCAUUAUAUAAAUUGCACUCAGAAGAGAGAGAGAGAGGACAAGGAAGAGGGAGAUCUUUCUCUUUUCUCUCUGGUUUAUGAAAAUCACCAUCUGGGUUUGUUGAAAAACUUUGGAAAAUAGAAAUGGAAAUGGAAGUCAAAGACUCUGAAAAUGAAAUUGGAAAAGAGCAAGUGGAGGAAGGGUUUAAUGGCGAGCAAAGCAAUGAGAUUGAGAGAAGCAAAGUUGGUAUCAUGAGAGCUCUUGUUGAAAGAGAAGAUCCCUCUUCUAAGGAAGUUGAUGAUUUGAUGAUUCGGAGAUUUCUACGAGCUCGUGAUUUGGAUAUAGAGAAAGGUUCUACCAUGUUUUUGAAGUACCUAAGCUGGAGGCGAACGUUUGUUCCCAAUGGCUUUAUAUCGGAAUCAGAGAUUACAACUCAACUCUCCCAUAACAAGUUCUGUAUGCAAGGUCAUGAUAAGAAGGGGCGCCCUAUCGUUGUCGGCUUCGGUGGUAGACACAAGCCCAAUGAAGGAAGUAUAGAGGAAUUCAAGCGUUUUGUCACCUACAGUCUGGAAAAAAUAUGUGCCAAAAUGCCGAAGGGGCAGGAAAAGUUUGUGUGCAUUGGGGAUCUUGAUGGAUGGGGAUAUGCCAGCAGUGACAUUCGGGGAUAUGUUGCGUGUUUAUCAAUCUUGCAGGAUUGCUAUCCGGAGAGACUGGGCAAAUUAUAUAUAGUUUACGCGCCUUACAUAUUCAUGACCGUGUGGAAGGUUGUUUACCCAUUUAUCGACAACAACACCAAAAAGAAGAUAGUAUUUGUUGAGAAGAAAAAGAUGAAGUCCACCCUGCUUGAGGACAUUGAUGAAAGCCAGCUUCCAGAUAUAUAUGGAGGCAAACUGCCAUUAGUCUAUAUACAAGACUGCUAAUUUGGUGACACCACACCAUGAGAAGUCUAUUAUUGCUGCUCUAUAAUUUGGAGCUUACACUGAGAACUAGACAUUAUAAUAAAAAUUCAAA